AUGGCCGACUUCCUCUCCCACACCCACAGGAGGGGGAGUAGGUUCGGCCAGAUGGCUCCCCAGUCUCGGCCAGGUGGUGAGGGUGGUGGUGGGGAUGUGUCUUUGGGUGACGCCAGGAUGGGAGAGAGGAGAGGAGUCAGCUGGAAAGCUGAGAAGGCCAUGUGGACAUGUCCACUAUAUUCUGUACCUUUCUUUAGAACAGAUCCAUAUGCCAAAAUACAAAGGAUAAUUGAAAUUAUAAAGGCUUCAACCUCCAAGGUGAUUGUUACUUUCCUUUCCCGUCCAGAUUUGAAUGUGCUGCUACGAGAGUUUUCCUACCAUAACUUGUCUGGGUAUCAGUGGGUAGGCACUGAGUCUUGGAUAUUUGAUUCACAAACUGCAGAAAUGGACAUACAUCACAUACUGGAUGGUGCCAUAGGUCUUUCCAUUCCCAUAGCACAUGUCAGUGGCCUAAGAAAUUUCAUACUGACUGAGAAGCCACUGAAUUCGUCUAAUAAUGAACUGUUUACCGAGUUCUGGGAGACACUAUUUAGUUGUAAGUUCAAGGACUUGAAGUCAUCAGCAGACAUUCAGAGAGAGUGUACUGGACAUGAAGAUGUGACUGGAGUUCAAAAUAGCUUCAUUGACAUGUCUCUCAUGCCUAUCUUUAACAAUGUCUACAAAGGAGUGUAUGCAGUGGCCCAUGCACUUCACAAUAUCCUCAGUUGUAACAAAACAUGUAACAAAAAUGUGCAGCUAGAUCCAUUCAUGAUUCUACAACACAUACGAAAGAGUCACUUCACAACAAAGGAAGGAGAUGAGGUUUAUUUUAAUGAGAAUGGAGAUCCAGCAGCAAAGUAUGACAUUAUUAACUGGCAGCCAAGAAAAAAUGGAAUUGCGGAGUUUGUAACAGUUGGUCUGUAUGAUACAUCAUUAGCUGUAGAAAAACAGCUACAUCUGCAAAGCAAGGCUUUAAUUUGGGCAAGAAACUCAAAGCAGGUGCCUUUGUCAGUUUGCAGUGAGAAAUGUCCCCAAGGAACACGCAAGGUUCUCCAGAAAGGAAGGCCUGUUUGCUGCUAUGACUGUAUAAGAUGUGCAGAGGGAGAAAUCAGCAACGUUACAGAUUCUGUCACCUGUGUGAGAUGUCUACCUGAGUUUUGGUCAAAUGAAAGAAGAGAUGCCUGUAUAAAGAAGGAAGCAGUGUUUCUAUCACAUGAAGACAUUAUGGGUGCACUGCUCACUGCAGCAUCUUUAUUCGGAGCAUGCAUGACGAUUGGUGUGAUUCUUAUUUUCUUCAAGUACAGGAAAACUCCUAUUGUCAGGGCAAACAACUCUGAACUGAGCUUCCUGCUGCUCUUCUCCUUAAUUCUGUGUUUUCUGUGUUCUCUGACCUUCAUUGGUCAGCCCUCUGAUUGGUCCUGUAUGCUCCGGCAUGUAGCAUUUGGCAUCACCUUUGUCCUUUGUAUCUCUUGUCUUCUGGGAAAAACUAUGGUUGUUUUAAUGGCCUUCAGAGCUACACGUCCAGGUAGUAAUGUUAAAAAAUGGUUUGGGCAGACACAGCAGAGACUCUGUGUUACGGCAUUUACUCUUAUUCAAGUUAACAUAUGUAUCAUUUGGUUAACAUUUUCUCCUCCUUUUCCAUUUAAGAAUUUUAAGGAAAUUAAAGACAAGAUCACAUUGGAGUGUGCUCUUGGCUCAGUUGUGGGCUUUUGGGCUGUGCUUGGUUAUAUAGGACUUCUGGCUAUUUUAUGUUUUAUUUUUGCAUUUUUAGCUCGAAAGCUCCCCGAUAAUUUCAACGAAGCCAAGUUUAUCACUUUCAGCAUGCUGAUAUUCUGUGCAGUAUGGAUUACAUUUAUCCCAGCAUAUGUCAGCUCUCCUGGUAAGUUCAGUGUUGCUGUAGAAAUAUUUGCUAUACUUGCUUCCAGUUUUGGACUGCUAAUUUGCAUCUUCAUACCCAAAUGUUAUAUAAUCCUAACGAAACCAGAGAAGAAUACAAAGAAAUACAUGAUGGGGAAGAAGGCACCAAAUUCACUCUGA